UCAUCCAACUAACUGACCCCAUCACACUUGAAUCUUGUAUCAUGUGCCCGGAUGUAGUUAUGUAUACAAGAGUAACGAACCAUAUAUUUCUUAUCGUUGAGUACAUUACGCUGCUUAUAAGAAAGGAAGAGGAAGUUUGAAUAGGUUAGUGGGGAUGUAUAGUAUAUAAUAGACUCUUUGUCUUGUUUUAUUUUGCUUCGCUUUUUGGUGGGAAUGAAACUAUGUAGUACUAUCAUCUCAUAUGUUCUUCCGAUAUAUAUUAUCUGAGAAGAAUAAGACCCGAACAUACUACUAAAAAUGCCCCACGCUACUCCUCCCCACCCCCCGCACCCCUCCAAAGACGAAGAACUAGAACUAACCACAUCCCUCCACGAAGCCCUAACCUGCACCACCUGCGCCAUAACGCACAUCCCCAAGAGCAUAUUCCACCAAGACCUAACAACCGGCAUCUACAACCAAACCCGAUACCCACCAUUCCAACUCCCCAGCAGCUCUUGGAACCAAAGCGAGAAAGAAACCGACUGUAUAGCACCUGAAGAACUACCCCCAUCACCCACCACCAAACCCAAUACACAAAUACAACUAAACCCCCACCAGCACCAGCACCACCCCCUCUACAAAGCCCAGUUCCAAACCUACCUAUCCCACGACCCUACCCACGAUGAAGCCUUCGCGCAAUACCUCACGGACUAUCAUAUCCAUGUACAUUAUCUCCUACGACGCGGGGUGUUGGGGUUUUGUCGGGACGUGAAGGAUGUGUAUGAGAUGAAGGCGUGGAGGGGGAGAGUGCAUGAGGUUGAUUCCGGGGUAGGGUGGCAGCAACCUCGGUCGAGGAUGGGGUGGGUGGAUGAUGGGAAUUUGAUGAUGGUGUAUCAGAUGGCGUUGUGGAGGAAACGGGGGUUGGGGAGGCAGAAGAGGGUGGAGGAGAGUAGGGCUAAAUGGGCGGGGAUUAUGGAGGAGAGGAGGAGACAGAGGUUGAAAUUGAGAUUGAAACAGAGUAGUGGUGUUAGGGUUAGGUUGUAUUGUUCGCAGGUGGGAGGGGAUCGGUGUUUGUUGAGGGAGGUGGAGGUGGAGGUGGAUGGAUGAGGGGGUUGGAUAGGAUUAUGGGUGUGGGUUUGUUGUACAUUGUUCAUCUCAUUUCUGGAAUAGAAGGUAUGGAAGGUGAGGCGAUGGAAUGAUAUCGUGUCAUAUUGUCGCGUCCCACCGCCUGCCUUGCUUCUUACCACUGGCACUGCAAUCAUAUUU